UAGCGCCGCUGCUGCUAGCACGUCAGAAGCUAGCAUGUUUUACGCGGUGUAAGGACGCGAACGGGUCCGAGCAUCUGCGAAGAAACGCGGAGAAGGACGACUCACUGUGGGAACUGAGACAGUCUUAACCAUGUAAAAAGGUCAUCGUGAUGCAGGUUGCUUGGUGGUUGUUAUGGGGGUGUCUGUGGUUGCUUAGCAUAAUGGAGGCGCAGACAGCGACCUUCAAACUGGCUCUGAUUGGUCCGUGGUCAUGUGACCCCAUGUUCUCCCGGGCCAUGCCAUCAGCAGCAGCCAACCUGGCAUUGUCACGGUUAAGGAGCGACACCAGUCUCAGCAGAGGAUACUGGUACGACGUGAAACUGCUCAGCGAAGAUUGCUCCACCUCCAAAGCGCUUACAGAACUUGGAGAGAUGGAGGGUUAUGGCCACGCCUACAUCGGCCCCUUUAACCCCUCCCUCUGUCACGCUGCCUCCUUAUUGGCUCAGCACUGGGAGGCGGGACUGGCCUCACCGGGCUGUCUAGAUGCUAAUUGUCCGAACCUGCCGCCAAUAACUCCUCCCAGCAGAGUCCUUUUCUCCGUGCUGCGAUUCUUCCGCUGGGCUCACGUUGGCGUCAUCUCAGCUCCUUCCAAUCUGUGGCAAAGCACCGGACAGGAAGUGGCCUCCGCACUCCGCGCCAUGGGUCUGCCGGUCGGCCCUGCGGUUACCAUGGAAACAAGGAGCGAGGCUGGAGCUCGGGAAGCUCUGAGAGAGAUCAGAGAGGCCGACAAGGUCAAAGUGGUGAUCAUGUGCAUGAGCUCUGUUCUGAUUGGUGGAGAGGAUCAGAGGGAGCUCCUAUUGGCUGCUCUGGACAUGGGGAUGGUUUCUGACGGUUACGUGUUCAUACCAUAUGACGCACUACUGUACGCCAUGCCCUACCAGGACACAGUGUUCCCUCAGCUGAGCAACAACACGCAGCUUCGUCACGCCUACAGCUCUGUCCUGACCGUUACCAUGGCAUCCGACCAGAACUUCUAUGAAGCGUUUCGUCAGGCUCAAGUCAACCGAGAGAUCCGCUCACCGAUAGCGGCAACAGAGGUGUCGCCCUUCUUUGGCACCAUCUUCAACAUGGUGUACUUUGUUGCUAAGGCGGUGGAGGAGCGUCGUCAGGCAGGGGGCGGGCAUUGGGUGGUUGGUGACCAGCUCGUCCAAUCGGAUGGGGGCUUUGAAUUUCAGGGCUUCAAUCAGGUGUUGUAUGGUGGUAAAGAGGGGCGUGGCCUGCAGGCUAGGUACGUGGUGUUGGGCAGCGACGGCGACCGCCUCGUUCCGACGCACACGCUCGCUCCGACGCACACAGACGGAGCGGUCGGUGGUUUGAAACCUCUGAGCCACUCGUUCUCGUUCCCCGGAGGGAAACCCCCCUCGGCCAGCUUCUGUUGGUUCAGUCCGGAGGAGGCUUGCAGCGGCGGUGUUGACACUAUGACCAUGUUCUUCAUCUUUCUGUUGUUCUGUGCCGGGAUUGGUGCAUUUUACUACUGUAUCAGGAAGUACAAACGAGCUGCAGGCGUCACAAAGUUGGUCCUCACUCUGGACGACGUCGUAUUCAUCGACACGCAAGUUAGCAGGAAGAAACUGAACGACGAGUCCAUCAUGCGCAGUCUCUUGGACAUUAAAACCCCGUUGCGCUCGGCCGCACGAAGUUACAUCCUGACGACGCCUGAGAGCUCCAACAUCGCAAUGCUGGAGGGUGACUGGGUUUGGAUGAAGAAGAUUCCUGGUGGACAAUCGAUGACCGCCAUCAAUCAAAACACCCAGAGACUGUUCAGCCAAUUGCGGGAUAUGCGCCAAGAGAACCUGAACUCGUAUCUUGGUCUGUUCUUCGACUCGAGGAUCUUUGCUCUCGUGGUCGAACACUGUCCUCGUGGAAGUUUGGCCGACCUGCUCGCCGACACCGACAUCAGACUGGACUGGAUGUUCAAGUCAUCACUGCUCAUGGACCUGAUCAAGGGAAUGAAGUACCUUCACCUCCGAUGUUUGAGUCACGGUCGACUCAAAUCAACAAACUGUUUAGUCGAUGGACGUUUUGUUCUCAAAAUCGCCGACUACGGUCUUCCCAUGAUCCUUCACUCUCAGAGCCUCAGCCUGUCUGACGACCCGCAGGAGCUGCUGUGGACGGCUCCAGAACUUCUGAGGAAUCCAGUCAGAGGGGGUUCGUUCGCUGGGGAUGUUUUCAGCUUCUCCAUCAUCGUACAGGAAGUGAUCUCCCGAACGCCGCCAUACGCCAUGAUGGACAUGCCCGCCCAUGAGAUCGUGGAGCGUCUGAAGCAGCCUCCUCCUCUCUGCAGACCGUUGGUUUCAGUCGAUGAAUCUCCGACCGAGUGUUUCACUCUGAUGAAUGAAUGUUGGAACGAAGACCCCAAUAAGAGACCGAACUUCGACGACAUCUUCAAACAGUUUCGGGGUAUUAACAGAGGGAAGAGGGCGAACAUCAUCGACUCCAUGCUGCGCAUGUUGGAGCAGUACAGUUCAAACCUGGAGGAUCUGAUCCGAGAACGAACGGACGAACUGGAAGUCGAGAGGAACAAGACGGAGAAGCUGAUCGGACAGCUACUGCCCAAGUCUGUGGCUCAGGCUCUGAAGAAAGGGAAGCCGGUCCAACCGGAACACUAUUCCGAUGCCACCCUUUACUUCAGUGACAUCGUUGGAUUUACGACCAUCUCCGCUCUGAGUGAACCCAUUGAGGUGGUUGACCUGCUCAACGACCUUUACACCAUGUUUGACGCCAUCAUUUCUUCUCAUGACGUCUACAAGGUGGAAACAAUCGGCGACGCCUACAUGGUGGCGUCGGGCGUCCCCAACCGGAACGGAACCAGACACGCAGCUGAAGUGUCUAACAUGUCUCUGGACAUCCUGCACUCGAUCGGCGCUUUUAAGAUCAAACACAUGCCUGAGAUCAAAGUGAAGAUACGCAUCGGUCUGCACUCAGGUCCACUGGUCGCCGGUGUGGUCGGUCUGAUGAUGCCCAGGUACUGUCUGUUUGGAGACACGGUCACCACGGCGUCACACAUGGAAGCAAGUGGACUGCCGUACAGGAUCCACAUCAGUCUGAAAACAAUGACGGUCCUGACCAGUCUUAAACUUGGAUACCACUUCGACACGAGGAAGUCAAAGGUGAAGGACACCGAGGACACCUACUGGCUCAUUGGUCGAGAUGGUUUCAACAAACCUCUUCCUGUUCCUCCGGAUCUCACCGGGGGGGCCACCGGCCAUGGCAUCUGUCUCGACGAGAUUCCAGCUGCGAGGCGACAGAAGUUUCUGGAUCGACAGAAGUUAAAUAAGAAAUGAUCAAAAACCACACAAACAUGACACAGACACACACAAACUAACAAACACACACUACCUCAACAACUGUGCUUUAAAGGACUUUUUUUCCCACCAACUUUUUCAUGACCUUCAGCCAAAGUCCAGCGAGAGAAACAUGGAGACGCUGGACAGUUACCAUGGAAGCGAGUAGAGGCUGUGAAACACCUGACAGCUCCUCCUCAGGUUUAUCUUGAUCUUGGUCCUAAUAAGUUAAUUGUAAAUUAAAGGUUAGGAUUCAGGGAAAGUGUAGUCAGUGUUUAACUUUUAUUUAUUCUUGUGUGUAAUCAAUGUGUCGCAAUUCUUGCCAUCAGAAUCAUGACUGAAAUGACUUGAAUCUGACAAUGUUGUUCAUGUCAUAUUUACUAAUAAAUCAAUUCAUAAUAAAUCAUAUCAGUUUUUAAUU